AUGUCCUCUAUUGAUAAUUUGUUCGGAAGUGUUGACUCAAGCAAGGUUGAAUCGACGGUUAGUAAAUUAUUCGAUGCUUCAAAUGAAAAGAAAGUUGACGAUGCCUUAUCUAUCAAAUCAAGAUUAAGAACCAUAUUACCAACCGUAACCAAGAGAACUAACGAUAAAGUAGAAUCAAACGAAGAAGAGUCUGAAGCUACAACGGGUACCAUCGAAUCUGAAGAACCAUCCAAAAAGAGACACAAGAAAAAGUCUACAAAUGAUGAAAGUGAUCAUUUGGAAGAAAAAUAUUUUGCCAAGUUAUUAAAGGAAGAUAGUGAAGAUAAAGAAGAAACAGCUGAUUUGAAUAAAUCUAGUAAUGAAAAGACUGUCAAAUCUCAAGAAACAAAGGCUAAGAAAAUUGAUCUGAGAGAAGAUGAUUUAGAAAAAGCUGAAAGAACUCUUUUCGUCGGUAAUUUAACUAGUGAAGCAAUUAUUUCAAAAAGCAUCUACAAAGAAUUCAAAAAUUUAUUUGCCACUAUCCCAAAAAUAUCUGAAGAUGAUGUAGAAACCACAAAUGAUGAAGAUUUCUUAGUUAUCGAAAGUAUAAGAUUCAGAUCCAUUUCCUUUGAUGAAGCAUUACCAAGAAAAGUUGCAUUUGUUAGACAAAAAUUACAUAAAUCCAGACAAUCAGUCAAUGCUUACAUUGUCUAUAAGAACAAAAAAUCCAUCAAGCCAAUAAUAAGCGCCUUAAAUGGUAAGGUUUUCCACAACCGUCAUUUGAAAGUUGAUUCUGUUACGCAUCCAGCACCUCACGACAAGAAACGUUCAAUCUUUGUGGGUAACCUUGAUUUUGAAGAAGACGAAGAAUCUCUUUGGAACCAUUUCAGUAAAUGUGGGGAGAUUGAAUAUGUUCGUAUCAUUAGAGAUUCCAAGACUAAUUUGGGUAAAGGUUUCGCAUAUGUCCAAUUUUCGGAUCUAUCAAGUGUCAACAAGGCGCUAUUAUUAAACAAUAAGCCAAUGGCUUCAAUAACUGCUACUAACAAAAAGAGUAGAAACUUACGUAUAAGUAGGUGUAAAAACAUGAAGAAAACUCAAGAUAGUACUUCAAAAAGUGGAAAGUUUUCUAAUUUAUCAGAAGCUCAAAAGACUAAAAUGGGUAGAGCUAGAAAAGCUCUUGGGAAAGCUGAUAAGGCUGCAUUAGGUAAAGAACUGACAAUUGAAGGUACAAGAGCAACAAAAGGUGACAAUAAAACACUUAAGCUGAAAAAGAAAAAGCAAAGAUCUAAGACGGGUAGAGUCACCAAGCGUUCUAUAGCGUUCAAAGAAGCAAGUAAGAAGAAGGAUGCUUGA